CUCCAAGUCCUAGGCCGCUCUUCAAAGUCCACUACAUCCAAGCCUGCACACCUAGCAUAUCGAGCUAGGGAAACGCCGCGUUAUAGUAGUGGAGCACUGCCAGUUCGUGCAACCCGAGGAGCCAUGGCGCUCCUCCUCGAGCCUUGGAUCUUGAGCCUUGUCUUGAACCUUGGACCUCGCCACUAAAUCGGACUUCUGCACCACGACCUUUCUAGGUUGCAGCGGGCAUAAGCCCGCAAUUGCCACUAAGGGCAAUCCCACGGCGGAUAGCACCGGCUACAUCACCAGUGUGACACUCGGUUGCCGUGGCGACACCGGCAGUCACCAACGCCGCCGCAUGAUUGAGGAUGCGGCGAUCGGUGUGUCCUGGUCGUACGAUUGCCCGUCCGGCACCGUGCUAACCGAAAUCCGUUGGGCGAUUGCCCCAGCCGCCGCUUCAACCGACUCUGGAACCAGCGACACGGGGCUGCUGAGCGGUGUGGCCUUCCGCUGCGGGUUGACGCUGGCGGGACUGCCGCCGGCACUCCCACCGGCGACCCCAUCCAACGCAAUUGCAACGUUCACGGCAAGCGAUAGCAGCGGCAGUGGCCAGCAGCAGCAGGAGGUGGUUGCGCUUCAGUGCCCUCCGGGCCAGUUCCUGACUUCGCUCUACGGACGGUACAUGGCUGCUGUAGAACCGGCGGAGGACGGCUCCGGCGGCUCUUCGGCUCAGAUCAACUCCCUGGGGGUGGUGUGCAGCGGAGCCGCGCUGGCCCUGCGAGAGGCAUCCGCACGCGCGCACAAUGCCAGCGCCAACAACAGCAGCUCCACGUAUGUUGCCUUCACCGCCGCUGCCUGCCCCGCCGGCAGUAAGUAACCUACCCAACACAGUGGCAAGGAGGUGGCUCAGAGACAGCCAUGUGUAGGAGGCCUGGAGUCAUGCACCCAAAAGGGAGCGGCGCACGGCUAACACGACAGCGGGAAGUGGAGAAGACGGGCGGCGGCAGCAGACUAUGGAUGCAAUCAA